AGGACUGGGCACUAGUCUAUUGCAACACUAUGUGGAUCUUCAAGACUGUGGAAACAAUUUUGUAUUGUUUGUUGGUGCUGUACUUUUAUCUGGGUGCUGCAUCGAUACCGAAGGGCCAUCUUCUUCCUCUUGGCUCGCAUCGCGAGCCCGAAGGUCAUGUUGCAGAGAUUUUUGCUCGCGAUGAGAUGUCGCCGCAGCAUUUCUACGCGGAGUUCGUGAACAAGAGUCGACCUGUCGUAUUUAGAGGCGCUCUGAACGACAGCGCUGCAGUUGAGCUGUGGGAUGAUGUCUAUUUGAAGAAUCGGUUUGGUACACUCUCUGUUAGAGUAGAUAGAGUGAAGAAAGAAGACAGGCUGGUCAACUCGUUCCAGCAAUCCUUUAGUGAAUUUUUGGACCAGUAUGGUACAAAUGACUGGUAUCUUAUUGAUACUUUGAAUUCAAUAAUGGGGAAAGAUAUUUCUAUUCCUGAGUGUUUGAAGUGUGGUGGAUUCACUCAUGGUAUUCAAGAUGUUGUGAUAUGGUUCAGCGGUGGCGAUACGAAGUCUUUGUUUCAUUUCGACACUGUGGAGAACCUCAACUGUCAGAUCAGUGGAUUCAAGCACUGGUUCUUGAUUGACAAAAAGGUCCAUAAGGUUCACGAGGCCAUUAACCACAUGGAAAGCGACUUUAGUGGAGUUGACGUCGAUGCUGUUGACAUGUACCAGUAUCCUCAGUUUCAGGAUGUUCCAUGGUGGUUUGCAAAGAUCGGACCUGGAGACUGUGUGUACGUGCCAUAUAAGUGGUUUCACUAUGUGAAGUCAUAUGAAAGAAACCUGGCUGUGAAUAUCUGGUGGACGCCAUUUGAUUCAUUCAAUCGUACUGACUGUGAAGAGGCACUGUCUAGUUUUACAUCUCUCGACAAUUUGACCUUUACACCUGGUACUCAAAUAAAAUUUUUUGUGUUAGAAAUGAUCAGAAUGAAUGACGACAAAGUGACAUUUGAAACGGCUAAUGCUCUAUUUGUGGCAGAACACGAUGGAACCAAACUGAUAUCUAGGGCUGUUUUCAAUAUGCUUGAUGUCGAUAGCGAUGGGUUACUUAUUGUGGAGGAAGUUAAUCAAAAAGAAGCAGCAUUCUUUGAGGAGAAUAUCAGAUGCAAACCUGGAGAGAUCAACAUUUAUGGCAAAUCUGAGAUAGAUGAGAGAGACGAUGAUGUCCGAAUAGAGAGGGACAACAGUGAUAGGUAUGACAAUCAAGUCGAGGAACAAAAAACACUGAAAACUCACAACGAGUUGUAAGAUCUGAUAGUAAAAAAGAUUUUGUCAAUUGGACAGUUUGUCAUUGGACAAAUGUUAUAUUUGCGGAAAACAAUUGCUAUUGCAUAUUUAAUUUACACGUGACAGACUGUAGAGCAUGUGAUUUAUCAGUUUUAUUGCUGUUGUUACGCUAGAGUUUAAGAGUCAAUUAAUUAAUGACAAGAUAUUUAUUGACC